UUUAGUAUUUCAUUGUGGCCUUAUAGUAUGAAACUUCUAUGGGCUCCAGUAGUAGAUGCACUCUAUGUUAAAUGCAUAGGUAGGCGUAAAUGUUGGUUAAUACCGCUCCAAUUGUUGAUGGUUUCAUUGGUAUUUUACUUGGCCAGUAACAUUGAUGAUUGGUUACCCGAGUCAGGAAAACCAAACCUAAAAUUGUUAAUAAUUGUGGUUUUCGUCAUUAAUAUUUUAUCAGCUACUCAAGAUAUAGUUGUUGAUGGUUGGGCAUUGACUAUGCUGAAAAAAAAGAACGUGGGUUAUGCUUCAACGUGCAAUUCAGUUGGAGUACCGUUUGGAAUGUUCGUAGGUUCAGUUUGUUUUACUCUGCUUGUGUCAGAGCAAUUCAAUAUCACUUAUUUUAAAGCUACGCCUGGCACGGGAGGACUAAUUACUAUGAAAAGUUUUUUAUAUUUGUAUGGCACUAUGACUUUGGUGAUCACAUUUAUAGUGGGCAUAUUCAAAAAAGAAAAAGAUAGCCUGGAUAGUAGAUCAGAAGAUGGAUACAUAAAUAUCACUGUAUUUCAGAAUUAUAAAUUACUAUGGGAUAUUUUGAAACUACCCCGCAUUAAAGUUUUAGCAGUAGCUUUACUGACAAUUAGGGUUGCGUAUACUGCAACAGAUAGUGUCUCAAGUCUUAAGCUUAUUGAUGCUGGUAUAUCAAAAGAUAACAUUAUGAUAAUUAAUUCAGCACUUUAUAUUUUAAAAUGUAUAAUUCCUAUAUUUGUAUCCAAGUAUGUUACAGGCCCGAAACCAAUGAGUUAUUUCCUCAAAAUAACACCCUACAGAUUAAUUUGGUGUACUACUUAUGUUUUACUGGUCUAUUACACACCGAGUUUGAUACGAAAAAAUGGCCUUGUCUCUGUACCAACAUAUUAUUAUUUUAUAAUGGGAUUCGUAUUAAUAACAAACGAAAUACUGAACUUUUUCAUGUUAUUGACUUUGUUUGCUUUHUUUUGCCGAUUAAGUGAUCCUCGUUUUGGAGGCACUUAUAUGACAUUAUUCAAUACAUUCUUYUACUUGGGAUUCUUAUCAUCCAAUACUUUGGUUUUGAAAUUGGUCGCCUUUUUUACUUUCAGCAAGUGUACGAAUAAUGAUCUUAAUACCUGUUCAACUCAAGAUUUAAAAAAUUCAUGCAAAACGAAUGGCGGAAGUUGUGUUGUAUUUCUGGAUGGAUAUUAUACAGUGGUUGCUAUAAGCUUGAUGAUUGGAAUUAUUUGGUAUUAUGUUUUUAGAAAUAUAAUCAAAAAGUAUCAAUCUUUGAGCGCUUCUCAUUGGAUGAUAAAUGUCAAACGACCUGUAACAGCAACCGAAUCAUGCCUUAUACCUUUGUAGUUAAAGAUAAUACAAUUAUUAAAUAUACAUAUAUAUCAUGUUUAUGUACUUUGAAUUGUAAAAAGUAUAAUAUGUUUUUA